ACAUUGACACAAUCCCCAGAAACUGAGUGAAUCAUGUCAACUCAACGAAAACUACUCAACGGUAGCAUUGUUUCCUUUGCAAUUUAUUACCUGUUUGUCCACGUGGUCUACGUGCACUCGGCGUUUAUUUCAAGAUACAGCGUUCCCAAAUCCACCGAGACCGAAUCCAUCGGUAGCUGGUACGCCGGUGCUUUCAGCGACCAGGAACAGGAGCGUGCGGACGCCUACCAACCACAUGCCGAUUCGCUUUCCAAAUGGAGAAAGCGUGUGUACCUCCUUAGACACGAGACGCCGGGAGAACACAAUUCCUUUAAGAAGGCCUACGCAAAUGAUGGCAGCGAAGCUUUCAAUGCCUAUGGAUUCCUUCGCGGUUGAUCGCCAAGAGCGAUAACUAUAUUUAGCAAUUUUGAUACAAGGAAAU